UCCGAAAAUGGCGUCUGCAAAGAAAGACAGCAUGAUCGCAGAGGACGACGAGUAUUUUCGGGUGAUAAUUAACGAAAGAUCAGUCGAUGACAUAUCUCUGGAUUUUUUCUACAAACCACAUACCAUCUCUCUUCUUGCAGCUUCAAUUUUGGGCUUGCUGUACACUGUUUUCACGCGAGAUGACAGCCUACCCGAGGAGAACAUCUGGAGCGGCAUCUGCUGCCUUGUCUUCUUCUUCCUCAUCAUCAGUGUGCUGGCCUUCCCUAAUGGUCCAUUCACACGUCCACACCCGGCAAUAUGGAGGAUAGUGUUCGGUGUGAGUGUCCUGUACUUCAUGCUGCUGCUGUUUGUGUUGUUCCAUAACAAGAAGGAUGUCCGUCACAUGUUGGUGUGGCUGUACCCAGAGCUCAAAGAUGAAGGUCCUGAUGAGACGGAGUAUGCUGUGAACUGUUCCCAGAUCACAUGGGCGAGGCUGUCAUCCCACAUGGACGUGUUCGCGUUCAGCCACUUCAUGGGCUGGGCGAUGAAGGCACUCCUCAUACGCCACUACGGCAUCCUGUGGACUAUCAGCGUCAUGUGGGAGAUCACGGAGAUGGCGUUUGCCCACCUUUUGCCCAACUUCGCGGAGUGCUGGUGGGAUGCCUGGGUGCUGGACGUGCUGCUGUGUAAUGGCAUCGGGAUCUGGCUGGGGAUGUAUGUCUGCAAGAAGCUGGAGAUGAGGAACUACCACUGGGAGAGCAUCAAGGACAUCCACUCCACCACAGGGAAGCUGGGUCGGGCAGUGCUGCAGUUCACACCUGCCAGCUGGACCCAUGUCCGAUGGCUGGACCCCAACUCCACGUACAUGAGAGUCAUUGCUGUGUGGAUCCUCAUCGUCUUCUGGCAGAUCUCAGAACUGAACACAUUUUUCCUGAAGCAUAUAUUUUGGGUACCACCCUCACAUAUAAUCAAUGUUAUUCGACUAGCGUUGAUUUGUGCUAUAUCAGCACCUUCCAUUAGGCAAUAUUAUGUGUAUGUGACGGACACACGGUGUAAGCGGGUUGGUACUCAGUGCUGGAUCUACUGUGCGGUGACAUUAACAGAAGCUAUUGUGUGUGUGAAGUUUGGAGCUGACUUAUUUAAACAGACAGACUACUUGUAUGUUAUAACUUGGCUUUCAGUGCAGAUGGUUAGCAGUUUCAUCUGUAUAUUUGGGUGUGUGGUGUGGGGCAAGAACAAAUGGAAGACUGCAGAAGAAUAUGCCCCAAUCAAUCAACAGAAGCGUGCUCCCCAAAAUACAUCCCCCAAUGGGAAACGUAACGGCAAGGAUCUCCCAGACCCUCUACAGAAGGAGACAAAUAAAGCCAACGGGUACAAACUCCGUAACAGGCACCAUAAACACAUAGCUAAUGGUGGUCUGUAAUAGGCCUUGGUUUUGUUCGUGGCACCAAGCGUUUUUAGUAUUUCAUACCAAAGACACAGUUUUUGUUGUACUGAAUUAUUGUAUUUUCCAAACCUGUCAUUUCUUUUUCUCCUGUGACUGUUCUUCUGUCUAGGUUCCCAUUAGCACUAGGAUGUACUCCUUGUUGCAUCGCAUAUCUACAACUGUAAGGAUGAAAUGUGGUAUAGGAUAUGAUACAUUAAACUUCAUACUCGAAUGUUCAGUUGAAGUAUUCCAUCAUCAAAAGGAAAUUUUUUAUGUUUAUUUAUUUUAUUUUUUUCCUGCAUUUUUAAUUUUGAAAAUGAGAAUGAAAAAUGGUGUAAGUAAAUGAAAAUCAAAAAUAUCAUAAGUCAAUGAUAACAGUAAUUGUAUGACUCAUGGACACUGUCACAAAAAUAGUAUGUUUAAAUUGAUACCUUUUCACAUGUCCUUGUGUUGUAUUGUUUCGUAUCUAUACCUCAUGAUACAAUACUCAUGGAGAAGCACAAACUGAAGCACCAGUGGUGAAUCAUUAAGCACUGGGGACUGUGUCAAUACAUCCAGAGCUGUUCUAGAUAUAAAGACACAGAAAUGGUUCUCAGUUUGUACUAGAAAUAUGUUUUGAAAUAUUAUAUGACAACACUACCUGUUUUUCCGGCUGUUUUAUGAUCACAAACCUGUAAGUGCUGUGCCACUAGGCACGAGGUUGUGUGUUAAAUAUGUAGUCAUAUGUCGGAUCAUAGUGUUCAAGGUCAUCUCAAAUCCUCAUCUAACUCUUGCACUAUGAGCAAAUGAUCUUAUAGGAAGACCCUGACAUAUACUGUAACCUGUUUGUUAAAAUUGUUUUUCAACAAACAUAUAUUUUCUCUAAAGCUAUGAUAUUCCUCAUGGGUACAUUUUGUAUUUUCCCUCACUCAUUCAACAGAGUAAUACUCAAGUUUGUGUAGAAGCUCCUCUUACUCUGUUUCGGAAGGAGAAGCUACAGAUCUUUGCAGAAUGAAUGAUCAAGCAAUUUCCAAAUCUGCAACAUAAAGCUAAAGUAUCCAAAACCAUUACCUGUAGAGAGACUACCUCACCAUAGUGUUGCAUAUGACCAAUUCAAGAUCAGUUUGUAAUCAUUUUUUCAAAUGAUAGGAAGGGUUAUAAAUUUUCAGGAAUUUAAAACAUGUAAUAUGAAAGAUGUUAUAUUUAUCAAAAGGGAUACAAUUUAUCCUUAUAAUGGUUAUUACUAUUUUGUUCCAAAUAACAAUUGUUGGACAGAAAAAAUAAACUGCUUCAUUUUGUUGUCAUCUUGUAGUAGUCCGAAUAGGUCUCACAGUAACUGAUUUUUUUAAGGAGAUGACUGAAACGGGGAUUGGGGGCAGGUUCUGUGACUAGCUACUCACAUAUCGUCCAACCCAGUGUGCUUAGUUGCUGUAAGUGACUUGUCUCGGGUAGUCCCUAGUCUAUACUUGGCAUAUUCAGGCCGUUGAGCUGGAACAUUGCUGAUUCUGUCAAGAAAUAUUCAACCUCCUCUCACUCAGUCUGUGUGGUGUAUUAGAUAGUUUGGAAAGAUUUCUCCUAAAUUGGGCAAAUUUAUGGAUGUGAGCUUCUGUGUGGAACACAACAUUUCCUUUCUUACUCCUUCACCAGGUGAACUCCAAGGACCCUACAGAUUUUAAUUUGUUAUAACCAUAGUUCAUGACACACAUUUCAACUAAAAUAUGCCGCCUGUGGUCGGGGGAAAACAACAGUUGAUUCUGAUCGCAGUUUACGGUACUCCUACAGCCAUGUUCCUCACUAUACUGAAGCUGACAGCCAUACAUUUCCCCUGUUUGUGUUUCACUUCUAAGUGCUAUUCAAAACUUGUUUUACUUGUGUUAUUUAGUUUAUAUUUGUACAAUUUGCCUCUCCUUUGUGUUGUCAUUUCAUGUUUAGUUUAUCUUUGCUGAUGUUUCCUGUUGUUUAAUUUUAAAUCAGUUUCUACUAUUUAUUUUGAUUGAGGGAGACGCUUAUGGUAUACACUCAUUAAUAACUGAGUGACCGAGUACUUCAUGUACAAAUUAAACCAGAUUUUUGUUUCUUUAUCUCACGAAUCUUUUAGUGACCAAUAUUUCUCAUAUUGUAGUCAACAGUGAGAAUCCUAGUAUAGUCUUGCUGAGUCAUUAACCUUUCCGACAUAGGUGCAUUAUGGGACCAAGUGCAAAUAUACUUUGAAAAAGAGAAUCAAAAUAUUAAGCCACAAUGUAACCUCUGA